AUGGCUCUAUUUACAGAUGUCUUUUUGUAUGGCUUCAUCGUACCGAUAUUACCAUACAUGUUGGAACAACGACUUAAACUCGAAAAUUCUAAGACGCAGUCGAUAACACUGGCUUUGCUGUCGGAAAGUGCACUGGUAGGAUUCUUUGCUAGUAUAAUUGUUGGGCAUAUUGCGGAUCGGACUUCAAAUAAGAGGGCCUUGCUGCUGUAUUCGUUGGCUGGUGCGAUGGUUGGGUCCUUGGGGCUGGCUGUUGCUGAAUCUGCCAUUGUGUUGUUUAUAAGCAGAUUUAUCCAAGCUUUUGCCAGCAAUGCGAUAUUCGUCAUCGGGAUCGCAACGAUAGCCGAGACUAUCCCUUCGGAUAGGAUGGGGCAAGCUAUGGGUCUUGUCACUAUGGCUGCUUCUGUGGGAACAUCGGCUGGGACGAUGUUGGCCGGAGUGUUGUUGGAGUUAAUUGGGUACUGGCCCACUUGGAGUACGGCGUUCGCGCUCCUUGCAGUUGAUGCUGUGUUGCGACUGCUGAUGAUUGAGGCAAAGAGAGAGCUUAACAUCUCCUCCCCUGCACCCAGCGAAGCCGCCUCCCUCCUCUCCCAAGAAUCCCUCGAUGAAAACCGCUGUACCUACCACACGGUCACCAACCUGCCAACCAAACCAUCACCUUCGUACUCCGAAAAAGAAAAAUCCGGCCUCUCGUUCUAUCUUUUCGUCCUCCGUCAACGCCGCUUCCUCGGGGGAAUAACAUCCUUCAUAUCCUACUCCAUGAUAAUCGCCAGCUUCGACACCACCCUCCCCCUCCACGUACGCGACGCCUUCAACUGGGGCAGUCUCCAAGCCGGUCUAUUAUUCCUCGCGUUGCAAGGACCAGGCAUAUUACUCGGUCCAUUGGCUGGGAGUCUAAAGGAUAAGGUUGGGACGAGGAGUCCGGCCGCGGUGGCGUUUUUCGUUAUUGGACCGGCGAUACUGAUCAUGGGUGUGCCAGGAGCGGGUGAGGGAAGAUGGGCGUGGCAGCAGUGGUUCGAUAAGGGGGUGAGGGGGGAAGUGGUGUUUACGGUGGGGAUGUUGGUUGUGGGGUGCAUGAUACCGUUGUUGAGUGGGGUGGGGGUUUUGGAGCUGACUGCUGCUAUCGAAGAGAUCCAAAACGAAUGUCCCCAGAUAUUCGGUCCUCGAGGUGGGAGUUCGCGAGCUAUUUCCAUUGCGAAUAUGAGUUGGAUCAUAGGGAUUUUCAUAGGGCCGAUCAUCUCGGGGGUAUUGACUGAGAGAUUCGGGUACUUCCAGACGAAUUGUAUACUGGGUAUGCUCUAA